CCUUCCCUCCCGAUCCCCGGCUGUUAGUGCUGUGAGAGUGCGCGUGUGCUCCGGAGCUUGCCUCGGCACACAUUAUAUAAAAAAUAAAAAAAUACCAAAAAAAUUUAAAAACUUUUAAAAACUCCAAAAAAUCAUUUUCUUUCUUUUUCUUUCAAUUUUUUUUUUUUUUUUUUUUUUUUAAAUUAAAAAUCGGAGAAGUGGGAGCUGGAGGCCUUGAAACAUCUCAACAACCCCGAAAAAAUAACGACAGUCUGUGAGCUCGCGAAGGCCUAACGUUAGCGGUUUGCUUGAUUCGUUGGUUUGGAUUUUUCGCGUUUUAAAAUUUCAGUUGCCCUAAAUAUCCGUCAUUUUAAACGAAACGUUUUAAUCGUUCAGGCGAAGUAAUCUUUUAGUCGACGGUCUUCAACUGUAAAAAUUGGCGUGCUGAUAUUAGCUUGACAGCUAGUUAUAUUCUGACGUAGUUGAGCUCACGCGCCAGCGCCGCGAAAUACCUACAAUUCUGCGAGUUCACAGCUGCGAGAGAAGAGAAAAUGAACCCCAGCGCUCCUAGUUACCCCAUGGCCUCGCUGUAUGUUGGAGACCUGCACCAGGACGUGACUGAAGCCAUGCUCUACGAGAAGUUUAGCCCAGCCGGUGCCAUCCUCUCCAUCCGGGUGUGUAGGGACAUGAUCACGCGCCGGUCGCUGGGCUAUGCCUAUGUCAACUUCCAGCAGCCUGCAGACGCUGAACGGGCUUUAGACACGAUGAACUUUGACGUCAUCAAGGGUAGACCUGUCCGCAUCAUGUGGUCUCAGCGCGACCCCUCUCUGAGGAAGAGCGGCGUUGGAAACAUCUUCAUCAAGAACCUGGAUAAGUCUAUUGAUAAUAAAGCCCUAUAUGACACCUUUUCUGCAUUUGGCAACAUCCUGUCCUGCAAGGUGGUUUGUGACGAGAAUGGCUCAAAGGGCUACGGCUUUGUGCACUUUGAGACCCAGGAGGCCGCUGAAAGAGCCAUUGAGAAAAUGAACGGCAUGUUGCUGAAUGACAGAAAAGUGUUUGUAGGGCGCUUCAAAUCUCGCAAGGAGAGGGAGGCUGAGCUCGGCGCAAGAGCCAAAGAAUUUACAAAUGUGUACAUCAAAAACUUUGGGGAAGACAUGGAUGAUGAAAAACUCAAGGACAUCUUCAGCAAAUAUGGUUCUGCCAUGAGCAUCCGUGUCAUGACUGAUGAACAUGGAAAGUCCAGAGGCUUUGGAUUUGUGAGUUUUGAGAGGCACGAAGACGCCCAAAGGGCUGUGGAUGAGAUGAACGGCAAAGAAAUGAACGGGAAGCUUAUCUAUGUGGGUCGUGCUCAGAAGAAAGUGGAGCGGCAAACUGAGCUCAAGCGCAAAUUUGAGCAGAUGAAGCAGGACCGCAUGACUCGCUACCAGGGUGUCAAUCUUUACGUGAAGAACUUGGAUGAUGGUAUUGAUGACGAGCGUCUUCGUAAAGAGUUCUCUCCCUUCGGUACAAUCACCAGUGCCAAGGUCAUGAUGGACGGUGGUCGCAGUAAAGGCUUUGGAUUUGUCUGUUUCUCUUCCCCUGAGGAAGCCACUAAAGCGGUGACUGAGAUGAAUGGCCGUAUUGUGGCCACUAAGCCAUUGUAUGUGGCUCUUGCUCAGCGCAAAGAGGAACGGCAGGCCCAUCUCACCAACCAGUACAUGCAGAGGAUGGCCAGUGUCCGUGCAGUGCCAAACCCCGUUAUCAACCCCUACCAACCUGCACCUCCGUCAGGAUACUUCAUGGCUGCCAUUCCACAGGCCCAGAACAGAGCUGCGUAUUACCCUACCAGUCAGCUCACCCAGCUCAGACCCAGUCCCCGCUGGACCGCACAAGGCGUCCGGCCUCAGCACUUCCAGAACAUGCCAGGCACAAUGCGCCCAUCUGCCCCCAGACCUCAGACCUUCAGCACCAUGCGUCCUGCAUCUCAGGUGCCUCGCAUGAUGUCCACUCAGCGUGUUGCUGCUCAGACUAUGGGUCCACGACCCAGCACUGCAGCGGCUGCAGCUUCCGCUCCUCCAGUGCGCGGAGUGCCGCAGUACAAAUACGCCCCCAGUGUCCGCAGCCCCCAGCAGCACAUGAACACACAGCCUCAGGUGACCAUGCAGCAGCCUGCUGUGCACGUGCAAGGACAGGAACCGCUCACGGCCUCCAUGCUCGCCGCUGCCCCGCCACAGGAACAGAAGCAGAUGCUGGGUGAACGUCUCUUCCCACUUAUCCAGAAUAUGCAUCCCAGCCUGGCUGGCAAGAUCACCGGUAUGCUGCUGGAAAUCGACAACUCGGAGCUCCUCCACAUGCUGGAGUCUCCAGAGUCUCUGCGCUCCAAGGUCGAUGAGGCAGUGGCCGUACUCCAGGCUCACCAGGCUAAAGAAGCCGCUCAGAAAACCGUGACCAAUUCUACUGGCGUGCCAAACGUCUAAGCCAAGGGGGACACGUCCUUGAAUCUCCACAGAGAGGAAAAAGUAAACAGAGAAAAAAACAGAAAACAUCGCAAAACAUGGAAAACGAUAUUUAAAAAAGAAACUUGAAAGAGCCAGGUCUAGAGACAAGCAUUCUAGGCCUAGUUAAGGUAUAUUAAAAAAGGAACAAAAAAAGGAAAAAGACAAAAAUAAUGUUGGAGGUUUAAAAAAAAAAAAAACCCACAGCAUAGGGAAUAAACAGCCGUAAAGCAUUCCUGCCUUGUUUUAUUGCUUUUAAAGCCUGGCUAUGUCAUGUUCUCAGUAGGAGAACUGACUGAACCAGCAAUGUGAAGUUAUCUUAAAUUCAAAAUAUGCUUGCUCAAAUAAAGUUCAUUAAAAAUG